CACAUUAAAAGUAAACACGCCCCUGGUACAAAAAAAGGGGCGGGGUUUGUUUUCAAACCGUCCGAGUGAAAAAAGCAGCUGAAAAUGGCGGCGUCGGGGUGCGUCGGGUCUGUCAGUAGACUGGGACAGCAGGCUAAAGCGAGGCCUGGAGCCGUUUCUAAUCACCGUCGUGUGCGCUGUCUGACUCUGGAAGAAGCUCGGUGUCCGGUUUGCUGUGAGAUUCUCCUGGAGCCCGUGACUAUGCCGUGUAGACACUCGGUGUGUCUGCAGUGCUUUAAGCGGACGGUGGAGUGCAGCGGUCUGUGCUGCCCGUCCUGCCGGCUGCGGGUGUCCAGCUGGGCCCGAAACAAACAGUCCCGGGAGAAAAGCCUCGUCAACACCGAGCUCUGGGACAUGGUGCGGAAAAGUUAUCCGGAAAGAUGCGUCCGUAGACUGGAGCAGAGAGACAGACUGAUGGCUUCGGAAGAUGUUUUCUGUUCACCUGUAAAGAUAUGUAAGCCUGGAGAAAUGCAACAUGAGUAUGAUAAACAAAAGAAUAAGAUGAUGAUUGAUGAAGAAACUGAAGAGAGAAUGAAGUUACCCUGCCGUAAGAAAGGGGUAACUUCUGGACUGCAGCAAUCUCAAGAAUCUUCUUUAGGAGUGCUGUCGGACUCUGAGAACGAAGAACCUAUGAGAAUGAAAACCAGGCAUGCAUCAGCAUUCGUGCGCAGAUCAAGGUUUUCCCCAGCUUUAUGCAGAAGUCUGUACAACAUCAGGGUACAAAGAAGCCAAAGCUGUACAGAUUCUGAGGAAGGAAAAAGAAAAGUCAGAGCCCAAUCACACCUUUCAUCACCAGAAAAAGCCAGUAUUUGUCAUAGUUUCAACGCUGGAAUACUGCUAUCAUCUGAAAACAGUCGUUCCUUCUCAGCACCGGUUCUUCCCCUUAACAAGAGGCAUUUCUGGCGUUCCAUCUUGGCUUCUCCUCCUUCCUCUUUAGUGCCUCACGCUAAAGCCGAGCGGUCCGUCAGCCCAGAGAGCAAUGACAGCAUCUCAGAAGAGCUGAACCACUUCAAGCCCAUAGUUUGCUCACCAUGCACACCACCUAAGAGACUUCCAGAUGGCCGGUUAAUGGAACCCACCAUAGUAAAGUCCACACCCAGGAACCUGACCCACAGCCUGCAGAAAAGCACCAGCUAUGAAGCCAGUCCUAGUAUCCUGCAAAAGUGGAAGCAGGUCGAGCUAGAUCGGCAACGUGUCAAGUUCAUGUCUAAAGGGACCGUCACCAGUCCUGUGGUGGAUGAUUACAGCAUUACAAAGCGCUCUGAAGAAGACCAAGAGAACAAAUCCUGUAACUGUGGUCCCAUGGAGAAAGGCUUGCAGGGUACGGAAAAGGAUUGCAAUUGUACUGCAACUACAAACUUGCCUAGAAAGCAAAAAUAUUUGCUCUACAAUAAGCGGCAGUUGAUUUUUGAUCAGUGUAACAAAGAUAAUGGCUCACAGUCUACAAAUGCACAUCCUACAUUGAUGGCACUUGGCAAUUAUGAUACUCAAAAGCAGUGUGGUGAUUGUGAACCACAUUGCUCACCUUCAGGAAAAGUUGAAAACUUGAAAUCACCAAUAGUGGACAAACAUAUGGGAGUUUGUCAUAAUCAGGGUAUAGAGGACCUUCAGGACUUAAGGAAUGAGCCUACUGUCAAAAGUUGUGUAAUUAACAGACCUACCUCAAGAAGAGGAAAAAAGAGGAGCCAGAAGACCAAACAUUUAGAGGAGAGUAAGAGGAUAAAAAUAUCCAAGAUGGAAAGCUGUGAUAGCUGUGACCAUCAAUAUAGACAAAAUGAUUUAUAUGUCGAGCGGAUCCAUCAAGAAAGAAUGGACAGAGAACUGGCAUUAAAGCUACAAAGACAGUUUGACAAAGAAGGCCAGAAAUUAGAAAGGCAUAGGAUGAGUUCUGAUCAAUAUCCUCUACGGUCCUGGGUUUGUGUAGAUAGUAGAGCAGCUCGUAAUCCACGCAGGUCAAGAAGGAUUUCUAGGAAGAUAAAACACUUUAAUUAAAGUCUUAAAUAAAGUUGUUAACAGGGGACAAACCAGUCUGGCUCUGUCUGUAGGACAGAGAAUUCCGAUAUCUUUUGAAUGGUUUUAUUGACUGGGACAACUAUGCUUGUGCUUGUCAUUUCAAACUAUAUAUCUCAGAGAAUUUUACCAAAUAAAAUCUCCUUUCUCAGAUGAAAAUAUUGCAGAGUGCCCUUAGUAUUUCUCUAAUUAAUUUGGCACUGCGUAAUCAGCAAGUAGGACUGUUCAUUUUUUAGCCAUUAAACAUAAAUACUACAAAAUAAUGCACUGUUUUAUGCAGUGUAUUAUUUUCUAUAAAUCUAAUCAUAAUUGUCAAAGAAAAUGCUGUCAAUUAUAAACGUGGUACUUUAACAGGCAGUUGGGUUCAUAUUAGUGCUCAGUUUAGUCAGUUUCUGCCCAAGAGCCUCUUACAGUACCUGAUAAUUAGAUUGUCUUGGAUAGAACUCUAAAAGCUUUGUUACCCAACUCGCUGCAUUUGCUCUUUUUGUCCAAUCUUGCUUGGAAAGAUUAUUUUCUGCUUUAUAUUUAAUUUACAUUACCAAUUUGCCCCGUAUUAAUUAGGCUUGGACAGUGAGUAUUUUUUUUCAUGUCUUUCAUGUCUGAUAUGAUCAAUUUUAAAGUAUUGCUAAAGUUUUGGCCAGCUUGACUUUCAAUGAAAAAUAUAUAUUGCACUAUAUGCUUGAAUAAGCACCUGCAUAUUGCAUUUAAUCAUUGUAGACUUCUAAAAUGUUUAUUUUUUAUUUUAAUAGAAAUUAUGAGGUUUUAUUCAUAUGCCAAUUUUUCAUCUGUUUAAAUUUAUCAUCUAUUCACAUUUCUCCAUGUUUAUUUUAUGAAACCCCUUCUAAAUCUCUUUUCAGUACUGUAUGGGUGCUAUAUAAUACUUUUUUUUUUAAAGCUUGAGUUUAGCUUGAGUUUUGACUGUAUAUUAAUGCACAGAGAAUAAUGGAUGAGACAUCUCAUCUAAUUUUUUGAAUUGUUAAAAGUAUUGGUUGUGUUUGACAUGUAUGUUUGAGUGGCAUUUGGAGAAUGUUGUUUAUGAUUUGUAAAAUGUGUGAAUGGUGGGACCAAAUGUAAGCAUUUUUAAUUUUAUUUUAAUAAUAUUCCAAUCAUAUGACAUUUUAAGACAGAGGAUUAUGUGUUUAUCAGUUCAGCUUAACACUAUUAGUCUGCAUUAUAAUGUUAUUCAUUAGCAGUACAAUUUGGUUAAAGUUUAUCUUAAAUUUUAUAAUGCAUAAGUUAACAAAAAUCAAAUCUUAUUGUUUCCACAAGGAAAGGAACAAUGUUCUUAAAAGAAAUGACAAAUAUUGGAGUAAAUCAAUUCUAAAUACCAAAUAAAACUCUAUUUUCUUGCUUGUC